UGUCCGCCCGAUAUAGAGGUUGCGAAACGGAAGAACAUUUUACUCCCACUUCACACUAAACUCAAAUUUAUUUCCCAAAUUGCCCUCCCACACAGAACACCCACUCCUCUGUCUCGUUUCACGCACCUUUUCACAUCGUGUUCUCUCUCAUCAUCUUCUUCGUUUCUCUCUCCUCACACUCUCGAUGGAGAACCAGAGCCAAAGACGCCAUGAACAAUUACCAUCAAGUUCAGCAGCGAGGAGAAGCUUGAAGAGAAAGCUUGACGAGGAUUUCGAGGACGAUCGUAAGAUCGAAGCUCUCUCCCCUCCCGACGCUCACCAAGAUCUCGUCCGUGAGGUUCGCACUCAAGUGCAGAUUCUGGACUCUACUUUCUCUUCGAUCGAGGCAGAUCGAGCCUCCUCGAAGCGCGCCAUUCAGAUUCUCUCUGAACUCGCCAAGAACGAGGAGAUUGUUAACGUGAUUGUGGAUUGUGGAGCGGUUCCGGCGUUGGUGCGGCAUCUCCAGGCGCCGCCGCCAGUGAGAGAGGGAGACAGUGCACCGAGACCUUACGAGCAUGAAGUCGAGAAAGGAAGUGCAUUCACUCUCGGUCUUCUUGCUAUUAAACCAGAGCAUCAACAACUCAUUGUAGAUGCUGGAGCCCUGCCUCAUCUUGUGGACCUUUUAAAGAGACACAGAAGUGGUCAAAACUCUAGGGCAGUCAAUGGUGUUAUUCGGAGGGCAGCAGAUGCAAUCACUAAUUUGGCUCAUGAGAAUAGCAGUAUUAAAACUCGUGUUAGGAUUGAGGGUGGUAUCCCCCCUCUUGUUGAAUUGCUCGAGUUCAUUGACACAAAGGUGCAGAGAGCAGCUGCUGGAGCUCUGCGAACACUUGCAUUUAAGAAUGAUGAGAACAAGAAUCAGAUUGUGGAAUGCAAUGCUCUGCCCACACUUAUUUUAAUGCUUCGUUCUGAGGAUGCCGCGAUCCAUUAUGAAGCGGUUGGUGUUAUUGGGAAUUUGGUUCAUUCAUCACCUAACAUAAAGAAAGAAGUUCUUCUUGCUGGAGCUUUGCAACCUGUUAUUGGAUUACUUAGUUCCUGCUGUUCAGAGAGCCAAAGAGAAGCUGCUUUGCUACUUGGGCAAUUUGCUGCAACAGAUUCAGAUUGUAAGGUUCACAUUGUUCAGAGAGGUGCUGUGAGGCCAUUGAUCGACAUGCUGCAAUCUCCAGAUCCUCAGUUACGGGAAAUGUCAGCCUUUGCUCUGGGGAGGUUGGCACAGGAUAUGCACAACCAGGCUGGAAUUGCUCAUAGUGGUGGCAUAAUGCCAUUACUGAAGCUUCUUGAUUCAAAAAAUGGAUCUCUGCAACAUAAUGCUGCAUUUGCACUUUAUGGACUUGCAGAUAAUGAGGACAAUGUUGCAGAUCUUAUUAGGGUUGGAGGUGUUCAGAAACUUCAAGAUGGAGAAUUCAUUGUGCAACCAACUAGAGAUUGUGUAGCAAAAACGUUGAAGAGAUUAGAGGAGAAGAUCCAUGGGCGAGUAUUGAGCCAUUUGUUGUAUUUGAUGCGUGUUGGAGAGAAGGUUGUACAACGACGCAUUGCUUUGGCCCUUGCCCAUCUUUGUUCUCCAGAUGAUCAGAGAACAAUUUUUAUUGAUAACAGUGGUCUUGAGCUGCUUUUGGAGCUUCUUGAAUCGACGAACUUCAAACACCAACGUGAUGCCUCUGUUGCUCUGUACAAAUUGGCUAGCAAAGCUAGCACACUUUCUCCUGUUGAUGCUGCUCCUCCAUCACCGAUACCCCAGGUGUAUUUGGGAGAGCAGUAUGUAAAUAAUUCUACGUUGUCUGAUGUCACAUUCUUAAUUGAAGGGAAACGGUUUUAUGCUCAUAGAAUUUGCUUGCUUGCUUCUUCUGAUGCUUUCAGAGCGAUGUUUGAUGGCGGUUACCGGGAGAGAGAUGCCAAAGAUAUAGAGAUUCCUAAUAUUAGAUGGGAUGUUUUUGAGUUGAUGAUGAGGUACAUAUACACUGGAUCAGUCAAUGUCAAUUUGGAUGUGGCACAGGAUCUUCUGAGAGCUGCUGAUCAGUAUCUUCUGGAGGGCCUCAAACGAUUAUGUGAAUAUUCAAUUGCUCAAGAUAUCUCGGUGGAAAACGUUUCUUUGAUGUUUGAGCUAUCAGAGGCAUUCAAUGCUAUGUCAUUACAGCAUGCUUGUAUACUGUUUAUCCUCGAGAACUUUGACAAAUUAAGUCUCAUGCCAUGGUAUUCGCAUCUGAUCCAACGCAUUUUACCAGAGACACGGCAGUACUUCUUAAAGGCGCUUAUCCGGCCUACCCAAGCUGAAUUACGGAGAUAGAUAUUGGGCCAGUUUUGUUCUUUGACUUAGUUGUGUUGACAGAGAAAAAGAAUGUACAGAUGGAAUAGGUGAAAAGCAACCAUUGAUUCUCUUGAUCUGGAUGCAUCGGCAUUUCAUGGUUGAAUGCAAUCUCCAGAAUUUGACUGAUUCAUUAUCACUGCACAAUUGGCAGUUGUGAAGUCUCUCAGAUAGAAGUGCACAGCUGAGGGAAGCAGAGGAGCCUUCAAACAGAACUGUAUUUGGUUAAUGUGAAGAAUGUACCUCGCACAAGCUGAAUAGCCAAAUGCAUUUUGUACCUGAAAAAAAGCUAUAUAUAUAUAUAUUAAAAAAAAAAGCAGAAUGGUUUGGUAA